AUGGCUGAAGGCUCGAGUGGCAGAGGAGAUGGGCUGCUGGAUAUGGAGAAAGAGUUGACAUGCUCGGAAUGGUUUGCAUGGCAAGCAGAAUCGGUGCACAACAGCCGCCAACAUAGAGCACAUCCAUACACAUGCCCGUCAUGCCGAGAUGGAGUGCGUGGGACAAAAGCAGACUGGCGAUUGACCACUUUACUCGAAGGCUACUUAAAAGCCAAUCCAGAUCGUGCCAAGAGUGAGGUGGAGAAGCAGGAGUCACAAAAAGUGUAUCAGCCAGGCGACGAUGUGAUGCCCAAAGUACAGCCUAGGCGGGACGAUACUGACAGUGAGGAAGAGCGAAUGAUCUCCCAAGCUCGUGACCUCAGUAUGGCUGAAGUUGAUCCGGAAACGGCACGUCGGAGAGCGCAUAGGGCGCCGCGGUCUGGCAGAGAGCACAGAAGACAGGGCGAGAGAGGAGAUGGAUCUGGUCGCUCGCAGCAGACCGGACAGCGCCAGCUCUCCGAGGCACAAUUGCGACAGCAUGACGCUGGUGGACCCCAAAUCGAGCACCAGCCUUCGCUACGCAGUCUUUUGAGUGCAUCGCCGAUCGAGUCAUUGGAUGUGCAGCAGGAGAUACUGCAGUCAAUCUACGCGGAAGGCCUGCUCGAUGGUCUCGAUCUUGACAACUUGACGCCGGCGCAGGAGGAUCAACUCACAGAACGAAUCGCGGAAGCAUACAGGCGUAGACAGCGAAGGAGAGAUCGUUCUGACACCCGGGAUCAUGGUCAGCAAGGUGAGCAAGUGACACAACCUUCGACAGCAGGAGCAGAAGCCCAGAUGCGCGAUCGUCAUCAUGCCAGGACAGUGAGUGCAUCAGCACAGCAAUCGCGACCGAGACCGCCUAUUUCGAGACCUCACUUGUUCGAGCAAGACCGGCAAUACUUGGAUGUGCGACAUCAGCGGUCAACAAGCACAGCAAGCCAGCAAAGUAAUCGCUCAGCUCACGGCAGAGAUGGCUCUACAGCUUCAGCGGCACGAUCGGCCACUGAUCUGACGGAUCAGACGAGGACUGACGAAGGUCGUCGCGAACGGCAUCGAGCAUUGUCUAAUAAUGCUAGAAGUAUUACUGAUCCGGAAGGCCAUCGGAGUAGUGUCCACCGCAUGCGUGCAUCAUCGACGACCGAGCGCGAGACACGAGAUGACACGGCUCUUGCCGCGCGACCACUUGAGGCAGUAAGGAGACAGGACAUACCGACCAACAACAGCUCGCCAUCUUUGAUCGUGGUCGCGCCACCAGAAACAUCGCCGGGAGAGCGUCAGAUUAUACGACCAGCAGACUCAAACGCAGCCUUCGCACCCGAAGCUGUCCCCACAUCGACAAGAAUAACCACAGACCACCAGACAAUACGCCCAGCUCCCUCAACCUCAGCUUUCGCUCCUGAACCCAUCGGCAACCUCGACCUGACUACAUCCUCGGCACCAUCCAUCAAAUGCGCCCGCUGCCCGACGAUCAAUAUCCAACACGACCUCCACUACCACUGCCCCAAAUGUCGCUCCGGCUCCUUUUAUAUCUGUCUCCCCUGCUACCGCAACGAACAAGGCUGCGAUCACUGGUUCGGUUUUGGUUUCAAGACUGAGCAGAGGUGGUAUGCUCGUGCGCCUCCAGGUGGAUGGUCAUACCGUGAUGAGCCGCCCCAUGUGCUCCAGCCACGACGUUACACCAAGCCCACCGCCAAUACUACUACGUCCACACCGUACAAUGGAAGGAAGAGCUUAGAGGACGGCGCAUUCUGCGAAUCCUGCCUCAGCCCAGCGAACGACUGCUACUGGUACUGUCUCGACUGCCUAGAAGGCGCAUGGGGCUACUGCGACCACUGCGUGCAACGAGGCCUCCAUUGUACUCACCCUCUACUUCCCGUCGCACACAUCAGUACUCUCCGCCAACCCUUUGCCGACCCCACGCGAGCGACUUUCGUACCCAUGCCGCAUCUGCGUCCCGACAGCUAUGUUCUCUGGCCCGUGAGCACAGACUGCGACAUUUGCCAUCGCAAGAUCUCAGCGCGCGACCACAGAUUCCAUUGCUUCCGGUGCAGUGACGGCGACUAUGACGUUUGUACGGAAUGCUACUACAACCUCACCGCCACCGGCAAGAUCAGUACGGAGAAUGGCGCCAAUGGAUGGAGAAAGUGCUUGCAAGGGCAUCGGAUGGCAGUGGUUGGCUUCCAGGAUGUUCCACACGGAGGUCAACAGCGUAUCAUCGUCCGUCCUCCUGUCGGUGGCUGGCGGUACAAGGACGCCACUGCAUCACCGGGCGCAGAUCAACCGUUUCCUCCCGUGAGUAUCAAUAGGACCGAUAAAGCUCUGGCAGCAUAUAAUUACUUCCCUCGUAACCACGGAGCAGAUGAUCUGAGUUUUCCGAAGAAUGCGGAGAUCACUGAGCUGCAGGAAGAGACGGCCGAGUGGUAUAGUGGAAUCUAUUGUGCGAGGUUGGGAUUGUUUCCGAGCAGUCAUGUUAGGAAGACAUGA